AUGGACUCAAAUAUGGUCGGAGCUACGGCCUUCGAGCCAGAGAUGGCCCAGGUCAAAGUCACAUUCACCACGACCGAAGAUGGCUUCCAAUUGCCCGAGACCAAGAGACAGCUGCUUGUCCCAGCCGACAUAAAACGUCUCGGCCUCUCCCGAAUCCUCAACUCCGAGUCCAUGCUGGCCACCCCCCAGCCAAUCCCCUUCGACUUCCUCAUCAACGGCACCUUCCUGACGUCCACCCUCGAGGACUACCUCCAGCAGAACGGCCUGUCCUUCGAGUCCAACAUCACACUCCAGUAUGUCCGCAGCUUAAUACCGCCCAAGUACGAGGCCUCCUUCGAGCACGACGACUGGGUCAGCGCAGUCGACGUGCUCUCCUCCACAUCCCCCGCGGGCCACUGGUCAGGCGAGUCCUUCACGGCCGGCCACGACAGGAUACUCUCCGCCUCCUACGACGGCCUGCUGAGGAUAUGGAACGGCUCGGGGGACGUCAUCGCCACCUCGCCGGCGGCAAGCAGCGGCGGGCACAGCGCCGGCAUCAAGGCCGCCAAGUUCCUGUCCUCCACGCAGGUCGCCUCCGCCGGCCUCGACCGCACCGUCCGCGUGUGGAAGUACGCCGAGGACGCCGCGCGCUCCUCGGGCGAGCUGAAGCCCACCCUGGAGCUGUUCGGCCACAAGUCCACCGUCGACUCCGUCGAGGUCGACGGCGCCUCGAGGCGCGUCCUCACCGCGUCCGCCGACGGCUGCGUCGGCCUGUGGAGCACCUCCAAGGCCUCGGCGCCCGCCGCGCCGGCGGAGCUGCUGCCCGGCAGCACGCACGCCAGCAAGAAGAGGAAGCUGGGCAGCGCCGUGUCGACGCCCCAGCGCGGCGCCCUUCACCUCGCCCCGUUCCACAAGGGGCCCGCCGCGGCCGCCGUCUUCGACCCGCGCGACAGGACCGUGGCGUACAGCGCCGGCCACGACCACGACCUGCACACCAUCGACCUGACGACCAUGACCAAGGUCAGCACCAUACCCUCGUCCAGCGCCCUCCUCUCGCUCUGCGCCCUGCCCGGCCCCUCGGGGAGCCCGCUGCUCGCCGCCGGCACGUCGCUGCGCAACGUGGUGCUGGUGGACCCGCGCGAGUCGCAGGCGCGGACGUCCGUCAUGACCCUCAGGGGCCACGUGAACAAGGUUGUCUCGCUGGCCAAGUGUCCCGACAACAGUCACUCUCUCGUAUCCGGGUCGCACGACGGCACCUGCAGGAUCUGGGAUCUGAGGAGCGUCAGGCCUGCAAAGGGCGACGACGGCGUCGCAGGUGGCGGGGUCAGCGAGGCGGUGUACUCCAUCGAGCGCGAGAGCAGGGGUGGCAAGAAGCGACCGCUGGCUGGUGAGGGGUGCAAAGUGUUUAGUGUGACCUGGGACGAGACGUGGGGGAUUGUCAGUGGUGGUGAGGACAAGAGGGUGCAAAUCAAUAGGGGACGGGACAUCAUCGCAUCUUGA